AGAUAUGUUUCCCCUUAUUUUCAUAAUGAUGGUGGGAAGAAGAUUGACGUGAAGACAAAGCCUCUAGCUCAGAAAAAUGUUGCCCAUGCUAUUAGAUAUGUUUCCCCUUUGGAUGAGGGAGGCAAGUUGGAAUCUAUUGCUUUACACACUGUUGAAAAUUUUGUGGAGGAAAAUAAAUCCAGUGAAAAAUCUAUUGAAAUUAAAAAAAAUCUUUCUGCUUCUGAGAAGUGGGACGAGGCAUAUGAAAGAAAAGCCCCUGAUAAUGCAUGGAAGCCUCCACGGUCUGCGAUUGUUCUCAUUCAAGAGAAUCAUGCUCAUGACCCUUGGAGGGUAUUGGUUAUCUGCAUGCUUCUCAACCGGACUUCUGGUACACAGACAAAAAAGAUUGUGUCAGACUUCUUCAAGUUAUGUCCGGAUGCGAAAUCUUGCACAGAAGUUGCAAGAGAGGAAAUAGAAGAGACAAUAAAAACUCUAGGUUUUCAACACAAAAGAGCAAAAAUGGUACAACGUCUCUCUGAGGAAUACUUGGACGAAAGCUGGACUCACGUAACUCAAUUGCAUGGAGUUGGAAAGUAUGCAGCAGAUGCAUAUGCUAUAUUUGUUAAUGGGAAGUGGGAUAGAGUGAGACCUGCAGAUCACAUGUUGAAUUAUUAUUGGGAAUUCCUCCGUAGAAUCUACCAAACAUGAAUGGGAAAGAACUUGGAAUCAUGGAAUGAAAUUUCUAAUUUUUCUGUUUUCUGCCUUUUGGUAGCAGUUAGAAGAGGGUUUUCCCUGUCUUUAUGGAACCACGAGUCUAAGUUUCCAAAUGGUAAUGUUUUGAGGAACAAUUUGCUAAACAUGACCUACAAUAUUUUGCAUAGGACUUUUUAUUUUACAGAUAACUAUGUAUGCACAUCACUGUAUCUAAACUAAUGAAAUUCAGUUUCUUUUUGGAU